AUUGUGAAUCAGACAUCUAGUAUUCCUACAUCAGUUUGUACAUCAAACAUGAGCAACCCAGAUGUAAAUUCUCGAAUGGUACUUGCAAUGAGAAACAUUGGUGUUGGCCAUGCUGGAAUGCAGGAUUUCUGUAGGACUUUCAAUAUGAAAGGUUUAGCUGUGAAUACAUAUACAAAUUAUGUAAAGAAAUUAAAAGAUACUUGUGAAGCUGUAGUAAAAAGAACACCCAAUAAAGCAGCUCAACAUGUACGGAGUGUAUAUGAAGUAAAAUUUCCUGAAUUGAAAGAUCAGCGUAUAAUUGACGUUGCUGUUACAUACGACGGAACAUGGCAUAGACGAGGCCGCACAUCUCAUUAUGGAGUUUCUGUGGUUAUUGACCUGAUGACUGGCUUAGCUAUUGACUUUGAACUUUUGAGUAAUUUUUGUCAUUGUUGUACAUUAGCAAAAAACACAAAAUCACAGGCUGAAUUUGAUGAGUGGUUUGAAGAACACAAAAACGAAUGCCAGGCAAACCAUGACGGCUCAGCAUGCAGUAUGGAAAGCAAGGCUGCACUUAUUCUUUGGAACAGAAGUAUAGACAACUACGGUUUGCGAUACACAACUGUUUUGUCAGAUGGUGAUGCAAAGACUAAGUAAUCUAAAUGCAACUAAAGUUUACGGGCCAGACUGUCAAUUUACAAAGGAAGAGUGCAUUAACCAUAUCGCGAAAUGCAUGUUUAGAAGCUUGGACACAUUUGCAACACGCAAGAAGGCAGAAGGUAUGAAAGUUGGCGGCAAGGGAAAACUGCAAAAGCAUGCAUGCUUCAAUGGGGUAGCUACUAUCGAAAUGCAAUCUCAAAUAAUGCAGGAGAUGUAAAAACAAUGAGCAAAAGAAUUUGGGCUAUUUUACUGCACAGUAAAUCAACGGACAAUAGCCCACAUCAUGGUCUGUGUCCUCCGGGAAAAGAAUCUUGGUACUAUUAUCAGUCAGCUGUUGCGAGGGGUGAGAUACCCAUGGCUCCAAGAUCGCAUCAACCAUUGCCAGUACACAUUGCGGAUGCACUACAAAAACUUGAACAUUGUUGUCGAAAUGACACAAAAUGCAAAUGAAUGUUUCAAUUCGCUAAUCUGGCGGAAAUG